AUGCCCUUUGGGGGAGUACAAAAGGUCUCAGCAGGAGAAGGCGGCGAACUGUCUUAUGUUUUGGGCGCAACUCUCACUAAGGCCGAGGCAGCACACUCAGUCCUGUUUCCACGCCAAUUUGGAGAGCAGUACCUUACCCCGGUCGAGCCACCGACGACGGGUGACUCAGGAACCAAAAUGGCUAAUGCUGCUGGUGCACCUGCAGCAGAUAUCUGUGCAAUUGGGCUUGGACAUAUGUCCAGAAGGGGGAGCAAUGGGAGGGAGAACUCUCUCAGCUGGAGGGAUAGAAUCAAAAUCUAG